AUUACAAAAUCAAAUAAAAAGAUGCUAAAAGACUCUUCAAUUUAAGUAAUUAUCAUUAUGUAGUUUGAAAUAUUGCAAAUAACAAUAAUGGCGAGACGGCAUAUUUAUACAGGAAUGUAUACUCGCCUCCAUCGCCGUCCUGCAGCAAUGGCCCAGAACGCUCGGCAGUCCCCCAAAGACCUUCGGAGCCUCGCCAACCUGGCCACCCAGUACGUCUGGGCAGCAUACAACAUGAUGAACGGGAACUACCUGGCUCUAGCCACAGUGAUAGCCGUGGUGCUGCUGAGUUUCUUAAUACCAGACAUCUCGCAGAAGAUCCACGCGACCAGCGAGCUGAAGAAUAUGAAGAAGGUGCUCAAUUUGAUGACGAACGAAGUAAGCCGCGCCGAGGUGGCGUGCCUGACAGCCGCCGAUGAGAUCUGCUACCUCCACUGCUCCAUGCAUGAUGGUGCCACGGAAACUUCCAGAAACGUUAAAGACCUGUCAGUCUGCACCAGCCACUGCAUCCGACCCACCAUGUCCGAGCCCGUACAAGUCGAAAGGAAGAUUGGUUUCUUCAGAAGAAUAUUCUACCCCAACAGAAACACAUCCCACAAAGAAAUCGCCAUCAUGUCCUACGUAUACACGAACUCAUUCGACGCUCAAAAGACGAUAAACCUCUCCGAUGGAUAUGAUGUGUUGCCGUCCCGAUCUGCUGCCGUUCUUGAAGAUAAAUUGUGAAUAAUUCUAUCCAUCCACAGUCCACAUACCAUAUAAAGUCUAUCAAUUUGAACAGGAAAAU